AUGAAUGCUUAUAUGAAAAUUAUGGAUUGUAAUAUUUUAUAUAAUAACUAGAUAAAAUAUUUGUACAUUUCAUUAAUCUUCUGUAAAGAUCAAUUAUGUAUUAUUUACUGAAAAAUCAAGUGAAACAAUUAUAAAUAAAGUAAAUACUUAGAAAUAUUUGGAAAAAUUAUAAUUUGUUUAUCAAUAUGAUUAAAGUUUGCAUUAUCUUAGACNUUUUGGAUGGAUUACAAUAUUUACAUUCCUAGAACAUUAUCUAUAGAGAUUUAAAACCAGAAAAUAUUUUAAUUGAUUAAGAUGGAUAUCCUAAAAUAGCUGAUUUUGGACUUAGUAAAAUAGUUGACAAUUAAGAAUAAUUAAAUUAUUCUUUUUGUGGAUCCUUAGAAUAUAUGGCACCUGAAAUGAUAGAAUAAAAAGGACAUAAUUAUACUUAAGAUUAUUAUUAAUUAGGUGUUAUGCUUUAUGAGAUGAUGGCAGGCAUACCUCCAUUUUAUGCUAAGACAAGAUAAGAUAUGAUUAAGAAUAUAGUAUCAAAAUAGAUAAAUUAUCCACAUUUCUUUUCUAAAAAUUUAUAAGAUUUAAUAACAAAAUUAUGUAAUAAAGAUAAAACUAAAAGAUUAUGUGGAAAAUGUAACUUAAUUAAAUAUAAUUAGAAAUUUAUUAACAUCCUUGGUUAUAAGGACCUAUAAAAAAGAUGCCAAUAAAAUAUUAAUGUGAUCAAUUCAAUUUUGACAAAUUGUUUAUUAAUCAAAAAUGUUUAGAUAUUGAAACAGGACCUAGAUGUAUUGCUGAAGAGUUUAAUUUAUUGACCUUAUCUUAAUCAAGAGAUAUUAGGGAUGAAGAAAUGUGUCCCUUUGAAAAAUUCUCUAGUUUUUAUUACAAAUAAUGA